GUUUGGAUGGUGGGUUCUUCCACCUUUGGGACGGCCUCAUCAGGACUAUGGCUGCUCUGCAACCAGACCUGUGAGCAGCUGGCGGUCAGCAGUAGCAAUGAGGCUUCCCUCAAAGCUGUGCAAGCCUUUAUGGUCCUCUCAAUCAUCUUCUCCGUCAUCGCGCUCAUCAUGUUCAUUGUCCAGCUGUUCACCCUGGAGAAAGGCAAACGUUUCUACAUCACUGGAGCCAUCAUGCUGGUUUGCUGGGUGUGCAUUCUGAUUGGAGUCUCCAUUUACACAGCUCGAUUCACCGGCAGAAUGUCCGAGGCCACAACUUCUCACCACGGCUACUGCUUCAUAUUGGCUUGGAUCUGCUUUUGCUUCAGUUUCAUCAUCGGCAUCCUCUACCUUGUUCUUAGGAAAAAAUAA